CCGGCCCACUUGAGAUCAGAUUGGGCUGUAUGUGGCCCCUGAAGUAAAAUGAGCUGCUCUACAUCACCACCACUGCUGGAGGUGAAGGCCAGGACACGGGGACGCGCAUCCAGCUGCCUGUGCGGUCGCUGCGCGCGUUCACGGCCACCCCCGAUUGCUGCAGGGGACACGCACGAGCUCCACUGGGAAAUAACCCCCAUCUGCAAAAAAAAAAAAAAAAGAAAAAAAAAUCCACCUGCUGGUCACUGAGCAGUUUCCUGGGAGCAGGAUGGCGGAUGGAGAGAUAUGCGCACUGCAGGAGCAGACUGCGGGCUGCGGCCUGCUGCUGCCGGACUACCGCCGGCUGACGCGGCUCUACUGCAUGAAUGGCGGACACCACCUCCAGAUCCUCCCCGAUGGGACGGUGCAGGGCCAGAGGGACGACGGGGACGCUCACAUUGUUUUGAAGCUCAAAGCUGUGAACAUCGGCGUCGUGGUCAUCCAGGGAACAGAAGCAGGACGAUAUCUGGCCAUGAAUGAUGAAGGGCGUUUGUACAGCUCACCCACAGUAACGGAUGAAUGCUACUUCCUGGAGAAACUGGAGGAGAAUCACUACAACACAUAUCAGCCACAGAAAUAUCAGGACCAGAACUGGUACGUAGGUCUGAAAAAGAAUGGAAAACCUAAAUUGGGUCCAAGGACCCACAUUGGACAGAAGGCCAUCUUCUUUAUACCCAGACAGCUGGAAUGAAGACCAACAAAGUUAUACCUCCACCGAAAGUGACUUGAUGCUGCUCAUGGAUGACUUUGUGAACAUACAUCAGUUAAAAAUAAUGAACGAAACCUGAAGUAGUAUGAAUAUGAGGUGACGGCUUGAAAAUCAGUCAUGACAACAAAAGGAGGUGAAGCUGCAGCCUGUUUAGUUCUGAUACAUGACCGGAUGCUGUUUAGCUCCCGCCCUGACCUUUAUCUUGAUUAAAACACAUCAGAGCUCAAACACAGCGGCCUUCAUCUUCCACUGAUGCAACAUCCCAUUUUAUUUUGCAGCAGGUCUUCAGAUUGCACAGAAUCAACAGACAGCAACAGAGCAACUGGCUGUUCCUUUUAGUCACAGAUAAAUCGGUGUAAACAUUGUCCAGUGUACAGUGCUACAGAGCAAGCUGCAUUGGGUAAUUCAGAAACUGUCGUCACAUCGUUUGUCCAGCAGAGUGCUGUGAUGCAAAUAUGACACAACCAGGCUUUCUUUCUUUGCUUAGCUGGCUUUACAAAACCUUAAAUUCAUCAGACGUAGUUGAUAUCACAAUGGUGGUUAUAAACUGUCUUUGUUACCUGGGUUUUCUUCACCAGUCUAUAAAAAACACAUCGUUUGUGUUAGGAAAUAUGCAGACAUGUUUAUAUAUAUAUUAAUACAUUUAUGCUUUAUUAGCAUGAAAUUUUAUUGAAUGUCUAAAUCUGUCGAACUGUGUGAUAAUUGUUGUUGUGACCUUUAUACUGACUAAAGAGUGAAGUGUUUGAGAUGUAUCCGGCUGAGCUAGCAUUCCAGAGAUAAAGAGGACCUUGGAGUGAAAGUGGAGAUGGCCGAGACCGCGCUUCCCCGGCAAUCAAAAGGAGAGAAAUGAGGAGUGUAACGGGGGGAGCUGCUGGGGAAGGAGAUUUCUUGUAUAUGUAUUCGUGAAGACACUGAGGCCUUGUCCACACGUAGCCGGGUUUUUGUAAAACCGAAUAUCCUGCCCCCUCCAUCUAGAAAAAAACUUAUGUACACACCACCUCGUUUUUAGAAAAAAACGUCAUCCACACCUAACCGCAUAAGUGCGUUUUUCAGCACAUUCAUAAGCAUACCGGACCUUUAGGUGGCAGUAGUUCCCCAAAUCCUAUCCAAUCAGAGUAAGAAUAACCGUCCUUAACGUCGUCCUAAUGUGGAGCAGUAUCUGGGCUUGUAAAAACAAGCAAGUUAAAAGCGCCUGUACAAGAAACAGCGCCCAAAACCUUGUGAGAGCAUCCAUACUGUUACCGAAUGUAAACACAGGUCGCAUAUGUGACGUAAGAACAUAUUUUGUCGCAGGCGGUGACGUUUCGAAACGCAAAACCCCGGUUACUGAUGUCCACAUGCAGACGCAUAAAACGGAGAAUUCGCAAAUCUUCACUUUGGUUGGAGUUUUUAAAAAGAAUCGUUUUUGAUGACGUUAAAUUUGCGUUUUCGUGUGGAUGAUAGGCCGAAUCGUAGAAAAAUAUCUUCGUUUUGUGAGAUACUCGGCUACGUGUGGACAAGGGCUGAGACUGCCUCAGUGCAGGUGUAACCCAUUGCCUGUACUCCUUGCUGCAAGUAAAUCAUUAGAAAGAC